AUGACCUCCACGUCGAGUGAGGUCAACUCUGAAGAUGCCGAUCACUUGGUCCUCUCGAAUGAUCCAUCACACCCCGCAAACCUUAUACCCGAAUUAUGCAAGUUGUUCUAUAACCUGGGUUGGGUCACUGGAACAGGAGGUGGAAUUUCGAUUCGCAAAGAUGACCUUGUUUACAUCGCACCUUCCGGCGUUCAAAAAGAACGAAUGAAGCCUCUUGACAUAUUUGUUCUUACCCUUGGUACGCGUAAGGUACUUCGAGCACCGAAAGUUUAUAAACGUUCGUCCUGCACGCCAUUGUUUUACAAUGCCUACACGAUGCGUAAUGCCGGUGCUUGUAUACACACGCACUCGCAGAACGCCGUAAUGGCUACUUUGUUAUAUCCCGGUAAAAUAUUUGAGAUCACUCAUCAAGAGAUGAUCAAGGGAAUUAGACUUGGUAGCGGAACACAAAAUCUACGUUUUGAUGACACCUUGGUGGUACCGAUCGUGGAGAAUACACCAUUUGAAGAAGAUCUAACGGAUGAAAUGGCGAAGGCCAUUGAAGAUUAUCCGGAUACCAACGCUGUUCUUGUUCGUCGUCACGGUGUUUAUGUCUGGGGAGAAACAUGGGAAAAAGCCAAGACAAUGUCAGAAUGUUAUGAUUAUUUAUUCGAAAUUGCGGUCAAGAUGAAAAGCUUCGGAUUAGAUCCCACAACGAAACCUGGUACAUAA